GUUCUUGACUUAUCUGAAAGAGCGAAAGCAAAUGUGGUCAGAAAUUUCUCAUCAAAGCCUGUUGGCAGAGAAGCCCCACCAUUGUGAGAAAAUAUUUCUUAGCAUCAGUUCACUCAAAAAGAAAGCCAACCCUGAAUGAGCAGUGCUUUAAAUGAACUUGAACUCUCUUUUCUCACUUAUCAGCCAGAUUGGUUUGCUCCUUUUUUGUCCUAGAGAAUAUUAGAACAAUUUGCUCUUGACAGGACUCCUUGGAUGGCUCCCAAACUACUGGUGGAUGCUCACCACGCCUUGCCUGGGCUGUUAAUGCAGCCUGUUAGCAGCACCUGACUUUGCCACCCUGUUCAGACCUUGGGCACGGCUGGUGCCACGGUCCCCUCUGGUGCCACGGUCCCCUCUGGUGCCACGGUCCCUGCUGGCUCGUGGCAUGUCCCUGCUGGUGCAGGAGCCCUGCUCGUGCUGCUGCCUGCGUUCAACAGCGCUGGUCCUACUCCCCAGGCAAAGAGGGACUGAAGGCACUGCUUUGGGCAGCUCCUUUGAAGGAAUUUAAUGCCUCCUCACCUCUAUCCCAGACCUCUUAAAACCCACACAGCAACACCAUAAAGUCACGUCAUCUACACAGGUGAGGAGGUCUGAGCGAACAGAAGCUCAGCUUUCAUGCACAUUGGGUUUUUAAUUUGGUGCAAGCACCACUCACUCGUUCACAAGCGCUGCUUGUCAAAGCGGAUUGUGCGAUGUUGUGCCGCGUGUGUUAAAGAGAAAGCAGAAGGGAGAAAUGAGUUAAGAAAGGGGCAGCCCACUUGGGGCGCAGGUUUGGCAGACAAGCGGAGCACGGUGGCACCUGGCCGCUGUGCUGAAUGUGUCGGACAAAGGCGGACGCGGCUCGGCUGUGGGGCGAGCCAGGCGCUCGGCGAGCGGCGCUGGAGCGGCGGCGGCCCCGCCCCGCCCGUCCCGCCCCGCCGCGGGCCGGGGCCGAGCGCUCGGCCGGGCGGCGCUCGGGAUGCUCGGGCAGCGCCGCGGGCCGGGCAGGCGUGAUGGAGCCGCCUGAGGGCUGGGACCCCUACGGGCGGCCAGCCCGGCGCACGCAGUGGCUGGUCAGCGCCCUCGCCUACCACUACGGGCUGGACCGCGGCGUGGAGAACGAGAUCGUCGUGCUGGCCACUGGCCUGGACCAGUACCUGCAGGAGAUCUUCCACCACCUGGACUGCGCCGGGGCGGGCCGCAUCCCCGGCGAGGACUUCCGCACGCUGUGCCAGGUGCUGGGGCUGGAGGAGGCGGCGGAGCCCGAGGAGUCCGCGGGGCUGUGGGACGGGCUCUCGGCUGAGCUCACCUUCCGCCAGUUCCACGCGCGGCUCUGCGGCCACUUCAGCACCCGCGCGGGGCCGCGGCUGCCGCUGGGCCGGGAGAGCGAGCACAUCGAGACCCAGAUCCGCCUGCGCAGCCCCCGCCGCCGCCGCGCCGACCCCGCCGGCAGCGGAGCCGCGGGCAGCGCCGAGCGGCGGCUGCCGGGGCCCUGCUCCCGAGAGUGCUACGAGGAGAUCGUGGCGCUGGAGCAGGCCGAGGACCGCCUCGCCAAGCUGGAGGAGGAGAACGGCAGCCUGCGGGAGCUGGUGGAGGACAUGCGCGCCGCCCUGCAGAGCAGCGAUGCGCGGUGCCUGGCGCUGCAGGUGGGACUGCGGAAGAGCCGUGCCAGCCAUAGAGAAGAAGGAUCCUGCUUCACAGGGAGGAAGAGAGCGUUAACACAGAAGCACUCCCAGUCCAAGUACCUCCAAAGUAUCCUGGACGAAAUGGAGCUCAUCCGGAGCUCCAGGGAUGGACAGGUUGAAGAAGCCAUCAGGUUCAGUCAGGAGCUGGAGAAGGAGCUGAAGAGCUCUCAGGAAGCUCUGGUCAGCCUGGAAGAUUGCAACCGUCACCUGAAGAGGGAGCAGGCAGAGAUGAGGAGGAAGGUGGAAGAGGCCAGACAGGCUGUCCUGAACAGUCUUGGCAAAGUGAAGGAGCUGGAAGUGAGAGCUAACGAGGUGCCACAUCUGCAAAUACACAUCCAGCAGCUGGAAUCACAACUGCAGCACUACAGGUGGGAAGUGGAGCGAUGCCAGCUUGCCCAGCAGAGCAGCCCCCAGCAGCAGCAGCAGCAGGAGGAGGGAGCAGCCGUGCCCGUGGCACCGCCGGGCACCGCCGGGCACGCAGAGGAGCAGCUCUUCCGCUCCGUGGAGGGCCAGGCGGCCUCGGACGAGGAGGAGGAGAAGGGGCCCGGGGACCGGGCUCCCCAGCUGAAGGACAUCCUGGCCAAGCUCCCUUGCUGUGGCAGUGGAUGUGAUGAAAAGACCUGGAGAAAGCUGCUGUCCUACCUGGAGACCAGCAGCGCUGACGAGAAGGACCCUGUGGAGCCCUCGGGGAGAAUCUCCCCCCUCACAGAGCAGCCAGAACUCAAGGGCCACCAAGAGAAAAAGCUGGAAGCAAGCAUGGAAGAGAUGAAAGGCCCCUGGCUCGGGGAGCUGCAGCAGAAGGUGGAGGAGACAGAAGUGCUGAAGAUGGAGCUGCAGAUGCUGGAGACAGAGAGGGUUCGGCUGUCCCUGGUGGAAGAGAAGCUCCUGGAUGUUCUGCAGCUUCUCCAACAACUCCGAGACUUGAACAUAUCGAAGCGAGCCCUGGGGAAAAUCCUGCUGAGCACUUUGGAAUCCUGCCGUGACCCCCAGCCUGGCAAAGCCCAGCUGCUGGAAGUGCUGGACACCCUUCAGCAGGAGCUGGCAGCCUGUGAACUCCUGCACAAGCAGCCCACGGAGCAGGCACAGAGCCCACGGUCCCUGUCCAACCCCCUGGUGAUCUCCUGCUGAGCCCAGCCAGCCCCAGGACAGCUGCAAGGAGCAAGGACAGGGACAUUUGUCCAGCUCAGCCACGCCUGGACUGGCCAGGAGCGAGGAGUGACCCCAGGGAGGAGCAGCAGCCCCGGGCUGGGCACAGCCUGCCUUGCCUUACCUGGACUGCAAAGGCCAGCCCUGGGGUGCCCCUGGGGCUGGGCUGGCACCAAACUGUGCCCACCAACCCUCACCUGACCCACAAGGAUUUACAGCCCUGGAAAACUGGGACUGGGCUGGCACCAAACCAAACUGUGCCUCACCUGACCCACAAGGAUUUACAGCCCUGGAAAACUGGAACUGGACUGGCACCAAACCAAACUGUGCCUCACCUGACCCACAGGGAUUUACAGCCCUGGAAAACUGGGACUGGACUAGCACCAAACUGUGCCCACCAACCCUCACCUGACCCACACUGAUUUACAGCCCUGGAAAACUGGGACUGGGCUGGCACCAAACCAAACUGUGCCCACCAACCCUCACCUGACCCACAGGGAUUUACAGCCCUGGAAAACUGGGACUGGACUGGCACCAAACCAAACUGUGCCCACCAACCCUCACCUGACCCACAGGGAUUUACAGCCCUGGCUGUGCAGGUGCUGGGCACAGUUUGCAGCCUUUGUGGAAGCCCCACUCCAAAGCCAAGGCAGCCUGUGUUAUCUCUGGAUUUGUUAUCCCUUACUCUAGAGGUGACAAACUGAAUGAUAAACAACACCCAGGAGUGUGUGCCAGCAGUGCAGGUUUAAGGGCUCUGUGUUUCUCACUCAAUUACUCACCUUAUUUAACUCUGAAGCUAGAUUUUUUAUUGCUCUGCUGAAUUUUAUAUUUGCAAUUAUAGAGAUGCCUUAGGAAUAUGCAGCAGCCUUUCCUGACAACAGUCAGAUUUUACAUAAGAAGUUACAUUUAAGUGCUUGAAGAAGGUCCAAAGCAAUCUUGUUCCCAGGCUCUCAGGGAAAGGAAGAGCUGAAAAAUUCACUUUGUUGUCAUUCUGUGUUAGCAAACAACUCGUGCAGUGCACAAGUGAGUUCUAAAGUUUAAUUUCCCUCAGUGCAGCUGCAGACACAAAAUUAGGCCCCACAUGGAGGCCAGUUAAUGUAAAGAGCUGGACCUAAUUGUGGUGCCAUGGAAUGUAUUAAUCAGCAAUAAAAUAAUUCCUGGGGCAAAAGUAAAAAAAAAAAAAAAAAAAAAAAAAAA